AUGUAUCUGUUAGUGUAUGUUGAUGAUUUGAUUGUUACUGGCUCGGAUGAUGUUGUUGUGUCAUCUUUCAUUUCUCGACUACACGCCGAGUUUCGCAUUAAGGAUCUUGGGUGUUUGAACUAUUUUCUUGGGCUUGAGGCCACUCAUCAUCCCACAGGCUUGUUUCUCAGCCAAACUAAGUAUGCUCACAACAUUGUCACACGCGCCGGUCUUCUCAAUGCCAAGCCUAUGCCUACUCCUCUUGCUACCAACGCCUCCCUUGUUAGUGGUGGCCCUCUUUAUGAGGACCCGACUCACUAUCUGUCCUUGGUUGGUGCCCUUCAAUAUUUGACGAUUACGAGACCCGAUAUUUCUUACGCUGUUAAUCAAGUUAGCCAAUUUCUUGCUGCCCCAACGAUUGCUCAUUUUCAUGCUGUUAAACGACUUAUUCGCUAUGUCAAGGGAACCCUCUCGUUUGGUCUCACUUUCUCACGGCCCCCGACUAUUAAGCUUCAGCCUACUAUCUCUCGCUCUAGCUGUGAAUCUAAAUAUCGAGCCAUGGCUAAUACGACUGCUGAGAUCAUCUGGAUCACUCAUCUAUUGCAGGAGCUGCAUGCCUUGCCCACCGAUCACCCCACGCUUCUCUGUGACAAUCAAAGUGCGUUAUUUCUUACCCAGAAUCUGGUGGCUCAUAAGCGUGCUAAGCAUAUUGAUCUUGACUAUCAUUUUGUUCGUGAGCUCGUUGCUUCAGGAAAAUUGGUCACUAUGUUUGUUCCUACCAAGCUUCAAUUCGCUGAUAUCUUCACUAAGAGUCUACCCCGGCCACAGUUUGAGCAGUUCCGUCGCAUGCUUCGUCUUGGUCUACCUCCUCUCGCUUGA